CUUUUUUUUAGACCUUCUAGUCUUUGAGCUUGAACCAACUAAGCAAUCUAUAAAUUGUCCAUUUGCCAAAUUCCUCAUUGGCGUGGAAUCGUCCCGUGACUUGAAGACGACUUCGCUCAAUUCAUUUAGCAUCUUUUUUUACAUCUCUUGGCAGCUGGCUUGCUUUGCUCAUUACCCAAACAUUUCAACUUUUUUUUUUUUCCAGCCAGCCCGUCCCCAUUGGAAUCUUUUUCUUCCAUAUUCUCUUUUUCUUUACAACAUCUCUCUAACUCUUUCUUACUUGGAGUUCAUUCUUCUCGCCCUAUACAUACUCAGGCCCUAUCCUAUUAGCCACCCAUCUUUCUGCGUUACCUUACUUCCUCGCAAACCCUAUCUAUCAACACUUUUAGAGACGAUCCAUUCACCCACGCCCCUAAACAGCAAUUUGGUCCAGACAACGCUGCUGAGCUGAAAUUCUAUCCUUGCAUGCGAGCUGGUAAACGUAAUAAUCAGGGAUCAGAUCGAGAUUCAGUUUCUUCCACUUCCUCUACGAAAUCGGAAGAUGCUCUCUCAAGUUCCAUGAUUUCGCAUGACCGGAGUUCUGUAUCUCUUGCGCCCUCAUCCACAACCGCUGACCCUAUGCCAUUACCAGUGCAUAAGACUCAAGCUGCAUUUGUGAACAAGUUAUACAGGAUGUUAGAAGACCAUGAAAUGCAGGACCUCAUCUCAUGGUCGCAGUCUGGAGACCUUUUCAGCGUCUCUAACCCCACACAAUUCUCAAAGGUGGUCUUACCACAAUAUUUUAAGCAUAACAACUGGCAAAGUUUCGUUCGUCAGCUCAACAUGUAUGGAUUUCAUAAAGUCAAUGAUAUGAUACAUCAUUCCAACAUUACCAACGAAAGUCAAGCUUGGGAGUUUCGGCAUCCAAGCUUUCGACGGGGUGGCAUACAGGAAUUACAAAAUAUAAAACGGAAAAGUGCGAUCCGCGCCGAUAGAUACCCAAAGAAUUCUGGAAAUAGUUCUAUCGCCACCAAUGCAGCUUCUAGUCGACUAGCGAAUGCUGCCGAAAACCUUCCCACAGAGUUACAAGAUGAUCAGCAAGACGCGCUUCAAAAGCACAUAUACGCUAUGGAAAGUCAAAUAAGAAAAUUGGCGCAUUCCUAUGAGAAACUUCUUGCCGAUACCACGGUCUUAAAGAAGGAUCUAGCUCGACAGAAUCAUAUGCUGACGGAUAUUGCAGCGCGCGUCAAAUUGUACAACAGUAAGUAGUCAUUAAAGACACAACGCUUUCUAACAUGGCGCUCUAACCACGCCACCUUGCUUUUUUUUUUUUUGUUAUCUCGCUACCUCCA